UGUCUGUUUUUCUCCGUUGGCCUCUUGAUGGCCAUCGUAUCCGCAGAUGGACAAUGCAGAAAGGAAACGAGUAUAAGCGGAAUGGCUCUGGAAGGAUUCGUCUUCAAGAAGUUCUCAGUAACAGCCAUCCACGAGUGUGACAUCAGCUGUGAGAGAGAAAUCAGAUGCCAGAGUUACAAUUACGUAAUCGGAGAAAAGCACUGUGAACUGAAUAACCGGACCAAGGAGGCAAGGCCUGAGAAUUUCCAACCAGACCCUGCUCGGUUUUACCGCGUACGUUUAGUCGACAGAGCUCCUUUGGGAUCCAGUCCAGAAGUGUCUGCAGUGUCAUGUCGGGAAAUAAAAGCGAGUGAAGGAAAAAAUGUUAUUAGCAAGAAAUAUUGGUUGGAUUUAAAUGGAUCUGGACAGGCAGUUUUGGUUUAUUGCGACAUGGAAAUUGAAGAAAAAGCCGUCGAUCUUGCUUUUGUAAUCGGUGCGUCUGGAGCUCAAGCUUCUUCAGUCUUUGCAAGAAUGGUAACCAUCUUGAAGAACUUUGUUGAUGAAUAUGCAGUAUCUGAGGACCAAACUCGUGUUGCUCUGGUGGACUACAAUGGUCCUGCGAUUGCCAAGGUCUUCUUCAAUGAUGACUACAACAAAGCCAACUUUACGAGUUUCGUAGGCAGCAUACCUGGCCCUGGGGGCCAACCAGGCACACUAAGCGGUGCAUUUACAAAAAAGCAAUGCAGUGAAGAUCAUUGUAUUUGCCAUCACGGAGGAGGUGGGCAUAGACAAGUGGAAGAAGAUCUCCUCGGGGAUCAACCUCAUAGUUAUACCCGAGCCAAGUAA